AUGGACGGGGGACAGAGCGAUGCUAACACCAGCUCCGCCACCUCAAUUCCCACCGCCUCCUCCUCUUACGAGGAUCCCAACCGUUGCCCCAUCUGUCUUGAAGCCAUUAAGCAAGAAGCCUACUUGGACCGUUGUUUCCGUAAGACUUCAUCGCAUCACUCGUCGCUGACGCUGUCCUUUCUCCUUCCAUCCUUCCUUCCCUCUCGCGCUUUUGAUUUUCAGUUUCCGAUUUGGGUAUGAAAUAUGAACAUGGGGGCAUCUACGGCGUGCAUUCAUUAGGACCCCGGAUUGGAGCUUGAAUUUACUGGUAGAGUUGUCCGCUAAUGCGGAUUGAUCUUUUAAAAAACAUCGCUAAUGAGAUUCUUCUUGUUUUUUUUCCCUCGUUGUGGAUCCUUGUUUGUGUGUCUUCCUUGCGCUGUUGGGAAAAAAAAUAUGGUCAGGCUGCGUGACUCCUUCCGCUUCGGUUUGGGCCAGUUUGAUUCCUCGAUCGAUUGGAUGGUCGCUGCGUUGAUCAUAUGGUUUUGCUCUAAAAUAAUAUCUGAGAUCCUCCUAUUUAGACGGUAAAGCCCCCAUGGGCAGCUAGCUGCCCAUCGAUUAGCUCCGGUGGUAGUUCGUCAGUCUGAGGAAUGAAAACUCGGAUGGGCAGCUGGCUGCCCAUCGAUGGCGCAGACCUUGGCAGGGUUGUCACGGGGUUGUCCCGGCCGUCGACCAACACAGUCGUUUGUUGGCUGUUGACGGUGGCCGUGACACCCUGGCAUCAGGACUCAGCUUUGUAAAACAUAUGCCGCCAUCUUGCAUUGGUUUGUGGGGAUACCUCAUUUUUUAGUAUCCAACAAUGAUGCCUUUCUGUUUUUGAACUUGCAUCCCCUGAUUUUAAACUCCUUUGAGCAUUACCGAUUGUUCAUUUGAUUUUAUUGUAUAUUUCUGCCUAAUUUUUCUGCAUAUUCUCGAUCCUGUUUUCCUGAUGAGAUCCCUGAUUUUCCUCAUAACUUGAGGAAUACUGAGCGGGGCCUUGGAUUUGGAUGCAUUUCUCAUGCAUACGCUCCCUUCCUUGUGAUAUCUUCCCUCUUUUGUGCUAGGUUGUGCUAUCUAUUCUUUGAAUUGACUUACCUGUGGUUUGAGUUAACUGCCAUCAUUUUGCUGCAUCGUUACUUAUCAUCAUUAUUUUCACCGUGAUGAGCUAAUCAUGAUCAUCAUAAUCCUUACGCUAUCAAUAAAGGUUGCAUAGAUCUACUGAAGCCUAAAGGGAUUAACGAGGUUUUAUGAUCAACUGCUAUCAUGAUAGCAGCCGCGUUGAGGAUGAUGGGGGGUAUCUAUCAAUGGGGACAAGAAUGCAUGAGGCUAGAUGUACAUAUUAUCCUUUUUGUUGUGUACUUAAUUAAACCUUAUGCAAUUGGGCGAGCCUUCAGAAAAUUCCUAGACUUGUGAAUGGGUUAUAAUAAUACAACAUCAUUUGUCAUCUAUAUCUUUUGAUAAGCUCAGUUAUCAAUUGUGUGAACAGAUGGUAGAUCUUCAUAUUUCAUUCGGGGUACUUAAUACUUACAUCUAGCAUACACCACCAUUUUCUUAUUUUAGUGUAUGAGGGGAGAAUCAGUGUGAUUAAAACCUUGACGGUGCACAAUUAAAUCUUAAUUAAGUCUGGUUUAAAUUGAUUUAUUUUCUUCCAUCUUCAUUUUUCAGAUACUUUUUGCUAUUGCUGCAUUGCAAGUUGGACCAGAUAUGUUUCUCGCCAACAUUCGCGGUCAGUUUCGUCAAUCAAGUGCCCUUUGUGCAAGGUUUCCCCAUACCAGAACUUUAGCACAUUGCUGCGUGAGAUUGAAACUCUCUUUCUAGAAUGCCGCUAGUCAGCAUUUCAGAAACAACAAUUAAUCCCACUUGCUGUGCUGAGCAUGUUUUUCUGUUUGUAUUUCCUUCUUUUAUAGUUUAACCUCAUGCGUGAAGGCUGAUUCUAUUAACACCAUUUAUUUGAACAGACAAUGAUAUGAUCCAUGCUAUGUAUUCAGAUAAUUUUGAGUCCAUCAUAUAUUGUUUGAUAUAAUGUUGUUCAGUUAAUACAUACAUAUACUGAGUUUUGGUGGUCGAUAGUCAAAUAUCAUUGCAUGCCCAUUUUCGAAAAGCAAUGCAAAACUGUAGAAUUGGUUGGAGGACUCAUUGUUACUUUUUUUUGAAGGCAGUGAAAGCCACAGUUCUUUGAUAUGAAACUUUAGAAAACAAAUAAAUGGGACUAAAUGCGCAUUCUCAGUUUAUAAACCUAAGUUUUCCUAGACAUGGGCUAUAACUCAGUUUACCCCCUGCGUGAGUUGAUCUGUCCAAGCAAACCAAGUUACAGACGACACCUCCACUGUUGACAACUGACAUAAGCCUAAGCCUGGCUAGCUAACCUAAGCAUUCAAAGCAUCAUUGAAUGACUAUGAUCAGGUCAGUUCCUUAGGAUUUCCUUUGAACAGUCAAUCGUGGCUAUUUCCUUCAUAUGCCUAUGGUAUUCUGUGAUGAGACAAAUCACUAAUCCUAUCCCCCACGAUAUAUCCCAGAUGAUUAUGACCAGGAGGUAUAUCUACCGUCUUUCAUUAUAACUAGAUGGGCAAGAAUUCUGACAUCCUGUCAAUAUUUUAAAUAUAUCCUCAAUAUUUCUGUCUAAUGCUUUUAGACUGAAAAGAUGUACACAUUGAGACAUUGAUUCUGUGUCUUGAAGGAUAAGGGAGCAUGCUAUGUUAAUAGAGACACCUCAACAAGGAGAGACCUGAGUAAUAUGCGGGGAAUCAAUACCCAAGAGAGGGCACCAAUGCCAUUAGUUCCCUUUUUGAUGUAACUGAGAUUUUGGUCAUGGUGAAAAUUAGCAAGGUGUCAGUGGACAGUUUCCUUAGUGAGAGUGACUAAUGUUGGCAAGAAAAGCCAAAGAGGAAAAGCCUGCAAAUCGCCAGCUGUGGAAUGGUAAAAGCUGAAAAGUCAAUGGAAUGUGAAAAUCAUUCGUGAAGUGCAUUUGAUCAAAAUAAGAAUUGUCAAUUGUGAAGGAUAAAAUGUGAUUGCCCCUUCGUGAACAACCAAAUAUAAUGCAUUUUCACUUUAUGGCCAUUUUAAUUUUGGCAUUGUGCCUUACCUUUAAACAUUUAAUUUAAUUUAAUUUUCGAUUUUUUAAAAUAUAUUCAAUUAUAGGGAUUAUUCACGAGUAUUAACAUUUUUCACGAGUAAUUUUAUUGCCAUUUAAAUAUAUUUUUUUGAAAUUUAAGCUAAAUUUAAAUAGUUUUAAAAUUAGGCUUCAACCAGGACUCAUCUUGUUGUUAGGCCAGGGGCUGUGGGCCAUUUCUUUAGUUGAGUUUUUCGCCCUAAGAAAAUAUAAUGGCGAUCCACAAACAGAUGAUCGGAUAUGUUAGUUUGGGAGCUGUGGUCAUGUAGAAUCCUUCAAAGAUGUACAUAUAUGUUAUUAGUUCUAUAAUUAACGAACAAUCUUCUACACAGUGCUGCUAGGCCAUUCCCUACAGUGAACUUUUUACUAUAAGCUAUGGAACAUGGACAGGGGAUGCUGGAAUAUAUGGUUAAUUAACUUAGUGAAACUCGCUUAAUUCUUUCUGCAAUGUAGGAUAUUUCUCAUCUUCCCAAUAUUUCGGUUAUCUUGUGAUUUGAAACUGCCAUUCUCCAUGCCAAAAGGUUCCGUGAACCAGUUUAAGGAUUUAUGUUCAUGAAGAAAAUAAUAUAUGUAAUCUCUCGAUCUCAUUUAUGUGACAUUCUUUCUGAUCCUUCUUAUUGUUUUUUUUCUGUUACGUAAAGACCUUGGUAGGAGUAUUGUUUUCAUUGCUGUGACUACAGUUGAUGAGUAUUUUGUUAUUAUGCUGACAUACUUUUGUCUCUUGUAGAGAGAGAAUUCCUCCAUUAUAUAUGGUCUAAGUGGAAAUUCUUUUCAGCGGCAUUAUGUGAACGAGGCUCUAGGGAGCAGGUCAGUCAUUCAAACUGUCCAAUUUUCUCAACUUUGCAGUCUAAUAUAUGAUGAAUAUAUAGCCCACUAAGCUAUUCCAUUUAAUUGGGAUUGAUUCAAUUUCUCCGAUUCUGUAGCUUUUUGACAAGAGCUCAUAAAGUUAGAUGGCAAUGCUAUGACAUCGAACCUGGUAAAUAGAAUAUAGUCUUCUUUGUUUUCCUGUGGAUUUUUCCUUCUUCUAUCGGUUUUACUGUGUUUAUGAAGAUAAUAGAUUGCUGCAGGGGUGAUGGAUCACAAAUUUGAUCCUCUCUCAUUUUGGAAGAGCCGAAGGUACCUCCAAGAAAAUCGGUUCCUUCAAGCUUGGUUGAGAAGGGAGAUUCAGACUCUUCUUCAGGUCCCUAGUCUUCUCUUUCCCACUCAUUUAGUCAAUAUGAUGGUAUUUAAUGGCAUAUGGAUUUACUAGGUACACUACUAACUAGUCUUUUAUUCUCUAUUCUUUGUUGUUUCCAUCUGAUUUUUAUUAGAAUUCGAAUUUUUGACAAUAAUUUAACUCACGACAAAGAAGUUUUUAUUGAUUAUAUUUAACCUCAAAGAUUUCUUACUUUUGCUCAUACUCUGAUAUGCAUCCAAAGCAUAGCUUUUAGUAACUUCCAUGUGUAACAUGAGGUUUAAGCUAUCAUUUCGGAGAAGUUUUUGGUUGAUUUAAGACUACACGCCAUGGAGAUACAAGCAGAUCACCCUCGGAGAAUUCGAGUAAAACUGUGGGGAUGUACGUAAUCCCUCAACGUGGUAACUAUUAACAGAGUGAAGAUUGAUGACAAGAGGAGCGAACAGGAAAAACUAACAAAUGAGUGAUAGAAACCUAUGUAUCCAUGACCUUGUGCAAGGCGCAUGUAUCAAGAGGUAGUCGGUCAAAUCAGUGAUCAGCUGAGCUUAGUUCAUUGGUUGGUUUUGUAAAUCCAAGGUGCCAAGCUACUUAAUUGCCUUCAGCAGGAUCUGAACUGAUGGAAAGUGCUUUUAGGGGGGGAUGGGCUUACUGCAUUGGGAUUUGGGGAGAUUUGUGCAGGGAAAGGGAAGAAAGAGGUUGGUGAAUGUAGGGUGGGAGUUCAUGGGCUGCCCACACAUGGAAGCGUGAUGGUGAUACUCUUCCCCAACAAAGCCAGGCCUGACCUGGAUGAGCACUGGGUAGGGGCAAGCUUAACCAAUUUUUUUCUUCCAGGCGUAAUUUUUGCCUAGAUGAGGAGUAAAUAUGUUUAUUUUAGUUGGUAUUUCUGAAAUAUUUGUGAUUUGUCUAUUCUUCCUUUCAAUGACUACAAUACUCUGCUUACAAUAAGAUUUAUCUAUGAUUUGUUGACCGCACGAAAUGGAGAGGAUUGACCAUUUAAAUUCUGUUUUUUUCUAUUUCUUUUUUUUUUUUACAGAGGCACUCAAUUUUCAUACUUUUUUAUUUCAGGAGGAGGAUGUUGAAAUUAUUAUGUAUCAUGUACUUGGUUUGAUCGAGUCGUUUUUUAAAAGGUAGCUGGACAUCCGUCAUAUAUAUUUCUUCACCAUUGGGAUCGAAAAUAUGCUCUUGCAUUAUUCUUUUCAAAUUCUAUUUAUGGAUAAUUAAGCUAGGUUUAACUUAUGUAGAAUCAUCCCAUUCUGAUGUUGAAUGACUGCAACUUUUUUGGUCCCACUUACAUAAGCUAGGCUGAAUGACUGCAACACUUUAAUUGAAUUCUUUGGAACUUUACGUGAAUCUUUUCAUUUCUAUUCCUGAGUUGCAAAAUUCUUAUCCAUUUUUAUGAAUUUUUCGCUGACUUCCCCAGACAGCCAAAGGGGCAUCACCUUCAACCACCUGAGGAGAAGCGGGGAGAGUUCAAGAAAUUAGUGUCUGAUGCUGCGAGAUCAUUCUUAUCCACACGAACAGACCGCUUCGUUGAUGAAUUAGAGCUAUUCCUAGCUUCGGGCUUAACUCUAGAUGCAUACGACAAGGUGUGCAUGGAGCACCUUCAUGUGCCUGCCUCUUUGGUCCCUUCUGGUGGCUCCGCAGAGGAUAUAAACGUUCAAGAUCUCAGAGAUCCGAGAUUAUGUUUUCCUCAUGUGGACAUGGAUUAG